AUGUCAACAUACAGCGUGUCUCUGACCGCACAAGAACCGCAAACGCAAACUCACCGUGUGUCUAUACCUGGAACACCUCAACCACUAUCUCAACCAGGAACGCCAAAUCACAGAUCCUCUCACCCAAGUACACCAAGUAAUCGAUUUUCAUCGCCGGCCGAAGCUUCUUCAAUCUCAGAUGGCUUAGAUAUUGUACCUCUAAGGCAACGCCGUUUCAAAAGCGCUAGACUUGUUGGCGAUUACGAAAAGCCGUGGCUAGAGAAGCUUGCCACUGAAGGAAAGCGCAAGAAAUUAUCUGGGCGAACUUGGGAUUCCAUAAUCUUUUGGGCAAGUAUUGCCAUUGGAUUCGGACUAGGAGGGAUUAUGUGCUACAUAGGAUUCACAUCAGUCCCCAAAAAUUCUUACUGUCUCAUGUUCGAGGAUGACUUUCAUGAUAUUGACCCAAGCAUAUGGGGCUAUGAGAUCCAACGAGGUGGAUUUGGCACUGGGUCUUUUGAAUGGACCACAAACGACCCCCAAAAUGCCUACACUGAUGCUGAAGGGCUUCACAUUGUCCCAACAUUGACAGUGAAUUCCACCAACAUUACACCCGCUCAGAUUCUGAAUGGGUAUACUUUAAACCUGACUACCGACAACAGACCUGAUGGAGUAUGUACUUCUGAUGAUGCGGGCACAUCUUGCUCUAUGUACAGCAAUAUCACCGCCGGUACCAUUAUCAACCCUGUUCGAAGUGCAAGAUUGUCCACGAAAGGAAAAAAGACUAUCAAAUAUGGUAAGAUUGAAGUCAUUGCAAAAAUGCCGAAGGGCGAUUGGUUAUGGCCAGCCAUUUGGAUGAUGCCUGAAGAUUCUGUGUAUGGGCCAUGGCCUGCCAGUGGUGAGAUAGAUCUUGCUGAAAGCAAAGGUAAUGAUGGGGCUACGUAUGACGGGGGUCGAGACAGUAUUACUUCCGCUCUGCAUUGGGGCCCAAUUCCUCAAGUGGAUGCUUUCUGGAAAACCGAUGGAAAGCACAACAUUCGACGAACCGAUUAUACUGAAACCUAUUACACAUAUGGACUAGAGUGGAGUGAAGACUACAUCUUCACAUAUAUCAACAGUCGUCUCUUGCAAGUAUUUUAUCUCUCUUUCAGCAAGAGCUAUAACAGCAUGUGGAAUAGAGGUGAAUUCGGUAAGACAAUCGUGAAUAACUCGGCGCUACACGAUCCAUGGAGCCAAACUGGUAAUCCUGCAACUCCGUUUGACCAGGCCUUCUACCUCAUACUCAACGUUGCAGUGGGAGGAACCAAUGGAUAUUUCCCGGACAAGGUUGGCAACAAACCGUGGGGAGAUGCUAGUCUUACGGCCCCAGCAGAGUUCUGGAACGCUUCAAGUCAGUGGGGGCCGACGUGGGGACCGCCCGAAGAGAGAGGUAUGACUAUUAAAAGUGUUAAGAUGUAUUCACAAGGGGCUUGUGGAAGCGCAAGCUGA